UCAUUCAUUUGGUUCCUUUCAUAAUACAUAAACGCUCGAUUGACAUGUUUGGACCUUUCAUCUCUUGAAACCCUUCAUUCAUUUCAACCCGCCAUACUUUUCUCGGCAUUAUUCCGCGGUAACAGACCUUCUGCCAGUUGAAUCCGACCGAGUUAGUGCAUGCAACGGUUGGCUGAAUUUAGUAAACAAACAUGACCUCUCCAAUGUUGUAAAACCCUCCUGGGCCGUGUGACCCAUCUCAUUAGACUAAUCCGUUGUUUGCACCCCCAUCCCAACCCAAGCCAUCGAGUCCAGAAUGGAUCUCGGAGCCCGACGCCAUUCCCCACCCGAUGGCCAGGAUCAGGAUCCCCGUGUCAACAUUGCCGGCGCCAGGCCCUCGGAUGCUACGGGUGCCCCGCCCGUGGACUCGUUUGAAGCCGCUAUCCAUGGCCAAGAGCCUAAUGCGCCUCUGCUUACCAACAAGGAGAUUCAAAUCCUGAAGCAAUGCGAACGUGAAGCCAUCAUGAACCGAGGUUUACCCGGCGGAGCAGUGGGCGCCGCUUUGGCCGUGAUGGCCGUGAAAUCCGGACGAUUGACGCCUCAUCCCACCUAUGGAGCCAUACCUAAAGCCGUGGGCAUGGGUUUGCUAGGCUUCUUUAGCGGUCGCUUCUCGUAUGCCAACGUGUGCGUGGACCGGGUGCUUCAUCAAGCGCCGGAAUCGGUGUUAGCUCAACGCAUCCGGAAACAACGGGGAAUAACCUCGCCGUAUGAUGACGAGACGGCCCCAGGCUCGCUGGGGGGCUCGUCCAUGGCUCCUGAGGGGUCCGGUUAUCCGUCGAGUAGGUCGGAUUUCCCGUCGUCGCGAGCGUCCCCGGCGCUCAGUAAUCUGCCGGCCAGUGUCCCAUCGGCUUUACCCGAAUCCGAUCCCAAUUAUGCCCCUCCCAGUAAAAUGAGGCGGAAGAACAAAUAUGGCGACGAUGUGUUUGAUUGAAGAGCUUGGACGAUGCUUCUAGUCUGUUGUUAAAUAAAAUAUUCUAUUUCGAGC